GCAAGGGCAAAAAUGACUUCAAUUUCAACAUAUACUUUUCCAUUAUUUUCAAGCUCCCGAACAAUUUUGGAAUCACAAACAAAGGGCAGGCCGGCAAGUGAGCCCGAUUUCCUAAAUCCUAGUGAGAACUGAGAAACGGAUUGUAAUCAAAGCUCAGAGUUUUCAACCCGACGGCCACCGCAUACAAAGUUUUGUUUACAUAUUUACUAGUGAAAGUAAGAAAAACGAGAAAAAGGCGGAUUAGUUUCGGAUGAGAUGUUGUUGACGAGAGCGUGGAAAUGGUACCAGAACUGCUUGGCAGUGCAUCCAGUGAAGACGCAGGUCAUCAGCUCCGGCUUGAUUUGGGGGUUGGGCGACAUUUCUGCUCAAUCCGUCACUCACUACGCUCCCCGCCACAAUCUCCUUCCCUCCGAUGAAAAGAAAGAACUUGAGAUAAACUGGAGAAGAGUUGCUACAACAAGCUUGUUUGGCUUUGCAUUUGUUGGGCCAAUUGGCCAUUUCUGGUAUGAAGGGUUGGAUCGAUAUAUGAGGUUCGGGCUCCAAUACCAGCCCAAAUCAUUAAGAUUUGUGGGCAUGAAAGUAGCACUUGACGGGAUAAUUUUUGGGCCAUUGGAUUUGUUUGUGUUCUUCAGCUACAUGGGCUUCGCAAGUGGAAAAAGCACCGCUCAAGUCAAGGAAGACGUGAAGAGGGACUUCCUCCCCGCCUUAAUCCUGGAGGGAGGAAUAUGGCCAAUCGUCCAGGUGGCCAACUUCCGGUUUGUUCCGGUCAGGUAUCAACUCUUGUAUGUCAACUUCUUCUGCUUGCUGGACAGCUGCUUUCUCUCAUGGAUUGAACAGCAGCAAGAUGCUGCUUGGAAACAGUGGUUCACUUCCUUUCUGCAAAAAAAAGACGAAGGCCAAGAUUUGUGAUAUUUAUAAAUACUAAUCAGUUCCCACCACCACCACCCAUUUGAGAUUUGUGAUCAAUUUAGCAAGUUGGAGAAAUUUGAAGAGAUGACAGGAAGCAUCACGGCUGGCAUUUGUAGACAAAAGCAGAAUCUUUAAUGCUUUAUACUAGUAUUGUUUUUCUCUUGAUGAUCAUGAAAAUUUUGAAAAGCCAAAACCGGCGGGACACUUGUCUGGGAGGAUGUAAUUAAGGUUUGAUCACAUAUCGAUGGAGAGAGUGGUUCAAGUCUUUGCAUGGAACUUUAUUUGGACUAUCUUCCUUUUGGCACCAUCUUCCCAACCAUGUUCCCAUCAAUUGAGCUACACCUCAGGAUUGUUUUAGGUAUAUGACUUAAUUAGAAUAAAGACUUGAUGGAUUUAAUCAGGCUAAUGAGUUGAUCAUUCAAUCAUUUAGUCAAUGUUUAUUUACGAUUGAAUUGAAAGCAUGACUUAUUCAUUUAGUAAAAAAUUAGCUUGAUCAUUGAGUUGUAAUAGAUGUUUAUUAAGGUCUUCUAUUCAGCCAACCUUUUUAAAUCGAUCGUGGAAUGGAUGUAUGUUAAUAAAUACUCCUUC